AUGGUCGCCGACAACAUCUACGAACACGCGCUGCCCGUGCUGCAGGACGAGGCGCUGGAUGACGAGGACAAGACCGACAGGCUCGAGGAGCUGCUGCGCAAGGAGACCGGUCUCACGGGCAAGUCUCUGGAGAACGUGGUGCUCGACUGUCUUUGGCGCUAUCGAGACGCUGGCAGCUCCUCCAGCUCACCUCCCCCCAGCCGCCAUACCAUCAUCCGCCGCCCAUCGCCCGCCCCAUGGCAGGCCAACCACUCCCCGCGCACCACAAACCCUCCCCCCGGCUUUGGCAUUGCGCCGCCUGCCUUCAACCGCGCAAAGUCGUCGACCGCAUCCCCCUUUACCUCGCCUCGACCGUCGCCGCGCCUCGCCUUCUCGAGCCCGCACAUCCCUCAUAGUCCGAGUCUGAGCGCCUACCAGUUCAGUGAAGGCGUGAGUCCCAGUGCGGAGACGUAUGGCGACUUGGACGGCCACUCGGUCGACUGGCUGGUCAAUGACGAUUCCGGGAGCACCGAAUCAUCCCUCAUGGGCGAGGGCACGCUCAAUGGCGCCGCCGCAGAAUGGGUGCAACCGCAAACCAUGGACAUGGGCCCAUAUGACAUGCUUCGAUCGAUUCUACGCGACGAUCGGUCCGACGAGGAGAUUGAAAAGGUGCUCGAGGCCAAUGGUUUCGACCUCAGUGCGGCGCUGCUUGCGCUCAUGGGCCAGACGGCAGACGUGCAGCAGAUGCCCACACCUUCCCAGGAGCAGGCCGGCUUCGUCAUCGGGAAGUCGAUGAGUCCUGCAUUCAGACCCGCAACACCUGCUGGCCAGCAGAAGAGUAACAUUGUAUGCAAAUACUUCUUGUCCACGGGACACUGUGCAAGGGCGGAUUGUAGAUUUAGCCAUGAUACCAGCAAGACCCUGUGCAAGUACUUCCUCAAUGGCAACUGCUUAGCUGGCGAGACGUGCUUAUUCUCCCAUGACCCAUCAGCGCUAAUGGCUCGUAUGGCCGUCUCGGAUGCUGCUACUCCCCCACCACCUGCCUCUCUUCCAAACUUCCAAAUGUCUGAUUAUGAGUUUCCAAACCUCCAAUACAACGGUUCUUCACUGGGAACACCCCAGAUCUCCACAUCAGAAGCGACUUCCCUAGAGCAGCUAUAUGGCCUCACAGGAGGACCUACACGACCUCCACCGGGCCUGAGUCCGUUUGCCAACUUCGUCCCAGGAGCGGGCAGUCGUCCACAAUCAAGGACAGGCAGUCGACAACAGUCCCGUGCGCCUACUCCCUCCAUACUGGCCGUAGAUGAUAACGAGGCAUUCCCAAGCUUGGGUUCCGCAGCUGCAGCAAAGACGGGAAAGCGGCAUCACGGUAAGCGGGGUGGUCAUAAUAGCCACAGAGACAUUUCCGGGCCCAACAAUCUUGCAGAUGUUGUACGCAUGUCACCAUCCCCCGCACCUGCCACCCCCGUUCGCAAGACGCUAAGGCCAGCGAAGAGCUUCAAUGGCACUCGAGAGAACAGUGCAGCCGCGCAGGCGAUACCAGCUCCCCAACAUAUACCCUGGCUGGAAACAGGCGAGAAAGGCAAUCAAGCGUAUCUCAAGGCUCGCGCUGAAGCGUUCAAGCACGGCAGCUUACGUAACAAGUUUCUGCAGAGUGCCGCUCAGGCUUGGAAUCGAAGUGAUUCACGUGCUGCCAAAGCUCUCAGUCUUCGCGGACAGAGCGAGAACAACUUGAUGCGCGAAGCCCACCGCGAAGCUGCUCGCAUUCUGUACGAAGAGCGCAACAAAGACGCGGACGGCUUCAAAGAGCUGUACGUCGAUCUCCACGGCCUCCACCCAGACGAGUCCGUCUCAUACCUCGAGGGCAUUCUCCUGAAGCACAGUUCCUCAUCCCGGCCUGUCUACGCCAUCACCGGCACCGGCCAUCACUCCAAGAAUGGCAAGGACAAAGUCGGCAAGGCAAUUCGUGGCUUUCUCAAUGAGUGGCGCUAUGCCUUUCGCGAGUUCUCAGUCCCAGGCGACCGCAAUAAUGUCGGUGGUAUCCUAGGCAUAGACCCCAGUAGCUACGACAGAAGUGUUGUUGCGGAUAGAUCCAAGGAUGCUGAAGCCGAGUCGAGCAGCGAAAAGAGCGAUUUGAAAAUCAGGAUCAUGAAGAGGGAUGAGAUGUUAGAUGCACCGAAAGGACCGAAGCAAGGUUUACUUCGCAUUGCUGGCAAGGUUGACUCGAACAGUGCUGUUUGUUGCGGCCGUGGAAGUCACACCCAGUGUCGUGCCUACCUCCAUCAACAAGAACACGUCGCAUCGAGCAUCCCACUUUGUCAUUUCCCAAACUCCAUCGCCUUUCUUGUACCAGCAUUCCCUGGUUGGAUUCAAGAAGCAUCGCGAUUCACCUUUCGCUUGUGUCCGCUCUUUUCGCCCCGUCAUUCGUCGUCGGCUCACUCCACCGUUCAUCAGCCCUUGCACGACGCUGCUGCUUCCAAUGCUCCCUCGCCCCUUGUCUCACCCCGUAAGUCUUCCAUCAACAUGACGCCGCGAAGACCUUCCUCUGCCCAGAAUGAUACUGGACCCCAACGUCUACCCUUCGCCACCGCCGAGGCAUUGCUAUGGGGCCCGGAAAUAAAGAAGCAACACGCAUGGCUUCUGCAGCAAAUGCGAGGUCUGACCGCUCAGCAUGAAGCCUACGAUGCUCGCCUCCAGACGACUGAAGCUAUCGCCGAAGCUGUUGAAGCUGCAACUGCUCGCGUUCGGCAUGUAGAACAACAGAUGAUCGCCAUGGAAGCUGUGGACGAGGAGAAUAGAUUUGAGAACUGGGCUAUGGCCGAGAUUACUCAGCUGAAAGCUUUUCGAGACGAAAACAAGAAUGUUCGGCAGAAGCAGAUUGAGCUUGACAAACAGGUUGAGGGCCUGGCAGACGACGUGGUCAACGUGAAGCUGCUGCCUGAUGAGCUUGUAAAAUUGACCAGACGUGUCGAUUUUCUCGACUCUCGACAAAAGGAGGAUGCCUGUCGUAUCAAACUACUGGAGAAGGAGCUUCAUGGGCUGAACUGUGGACAACAAAUACCGGCUCCAUUGCAACCCACAGUGCAGCCUAUAGUGCAGCAUCUCCCCGCUCAACGGCAGUCGAGCUAUCAUCAAGUCACAACCCCCACUCACAGGCUUCCAGUUCCAGGGGUAGAUGACAACUCAGAGACUGAAGAUGAGUCCCAGCAAGUCCAGGAACUGAGACAUGCAUUGCUACGGCCACCAACCCCUCAGCUCCCGUUCAUCAGAUCUGCAAGACAAAGGUUAUUCAAGAGGCCGUCCAUAUACAAUUCAAAGCUUUCAAGACUGCUAGAUGAUGGACAAGAACGGCAGGGUGGUGGUAUCCAACCAGGUUCGCCAGUUCGGAUAGCACCCAUCGCUCCUGCCACGCUGUUAGUCACCGCAAGCAGCACAUCAGAACACACACAGGCUAUCGAAAAUACAAAUAUUCAACGAACACCUCCAUCAAAUUCGUGGACUCCUGAAAAGGUCAGAGAUGAGCGGGCUUUGCCAAGUCGCGAAGUGAAGGCAUCUGAACAGCCAAUGCAAACGAUCACUAGACGCCCAGCGAAUCCAAGAAAGCGGGUCAUGGGUACUGGGGUGUCAUCAACCAUCACCCAAGGCACAUCAAAGCAGUCUGUCCAGCUCUUUGCUACGAGUCCGCGGAAGAAACCCAGAUUCGUUGCACCUGCAAGGCCACCAUCUCACGUGGACACAGCCAGCUCGAGCCAACGGGAGCAGCUCAUCGUCGUUCUGAAGACCCAAAGAAAGCAGUGGUCAAGGCACGCUCGUGCACUUCAUGUAGACAACGGCACAUGGCAUGCGACAAAGCGCAACCGACAUGCGGGCCAUGCGUGA